GUUGAGUAAGGCGGGGCCGCACCCAAUCGGCGCUCCCUCCUUCCAAACCCCGUCUUUUCGGAACCCUCACAAAGAAACGAAGAUUGGGAAAGAAACGAAAAAAUAAAAUUAAAAAAAAAAAUGGAAGCGGGCUUCAUAUUUCAGAAACCCUAGCCUCUUCGAGCGAGAAACCCUUCUUCUUCCCUUGAAAUCGCGGGAUUCUCAUUCUCCAAACCUACGUACGUCUCUCUCUGCACCGUCCAUCUGGUGGGCCGUACACUCGAUCGGUCACAGUUCAAAAAAGAACGAAGAUGGCUAGGUGGGAUGAGAUUUUGACGCUCCCAGUUCAAAACCCACCAAUGUUGGAAUUCUCUUCAUCCGAUAUUGUGUGGUCUAGAGUGGAAGGCUGGCGGGAUGCAAUUGAUAGAGUGGCUCUCAUCCCCUUCUCCAGAGUUGAUGACUUUGUGAGAGGAGAAUCCGCAAGCAAGGAUUGCCCCACUCGAUUUCAUGUUGAAGCAAGGAGAAGAAGGCCUCCUGAGAUGCCAUACAAGCCCAAGGUGGAUGGCAUUCUUGAAUACAUUUUGUACUGGUGUUCGUUUGGUCCGGAUGAUCACAGGAAGGGGGGAGUUGUUCGGCCCAGCAGGGUUUAUAAUUUAAAAAAGAACAAAACAUCCGGUCGGCCGAAUACAAAGAGAGGGUGUGUUUGUCAUUUCAUUGUAAAGCGUUUAAUAGCUGAGCCAACAGUUGCACUUAUAAUCUACAACCAGGACAAGCAUGUAGACAAGAAAGGGUUACCCUGCCACGGUCCAUUGGAUAAGAAGGCUGUUGGAACCCGUGCCAUGUUUGCUCCCUACAUCUCAGAUGAAGCUAGGCUCCGGGUUUUAUCUUUACUACAUGUAGGUGUCCCUGUGGAAACCAUAAUGCAGAGGCAUAACGAAUCGGUGGAGAAGCAAGGGGGCCCAUGUAACCGGGACGACCUUCUCACACACAGGUAUGUCCGCAGAUUGGAGAGGAGUAUACGGCGUUCCACAUAUGAAUUGGACCCGGACGAUGCUGUUAGUGUCAGCAUGUGGGUUGAAAGCCACAGAAAUCACAUUUUCUUUUACGAGGACUUCUCCGAUUCUGAACCUUUUGUUGUGGGCAUCCAAACAGAGUGGCAGUUGCAACAGAUGAUUCGUUUUGGCAAUCGCAGUCUCGUGGCGUCUGAUUCAAGAUUUGGGGAUAACAAAUUGAAGUAUCCUGUUCACAGUCUCCUUGUCUUUGAUUCAAACAACAAGGCAAUCCCCGUAGCCUGGAUCAUAACACCACGGUUUGCCAAUGCUGAUGCUGACAGAUGGAUUAGGGCUCUCUAUGAUAGAGUUCACUCAAAAGAUCCCAAUUGGAAAUUGGCCGGAUUUAUCAUUGAUGAUCCUUCAGCUGAUAUCCUUACCAUAAGGCAUGUGUUGCAGUGCUCUGUAUUGAUAUGCUUUUGGCGUGUACGCCAUGCCUGGCAUAAAAACCUUAUAGCCAAGUGUUCUGAUUCUGGGACACGUGUUGAGAUAUUGAAACGGCUUGGGCAUGCAGUAUAUAGCAUCUGCAAAGGAAAUGCUGAUCUGGAUUCCUUUGAGGAUUUCAUGGAAGAUUUUGUUGACUGCUCAGAGUUCUUGGAUUACUUCAAGGCGAUAUGGGUUCCGAGAAUGGGGACAUGGACCACUGCAUUGAAGACUCUUCCUCUGGCUAGCCAAGCAGUUUCCGCGGCCAUUGAGAGUUAUCAUCACCAAUUCAAGCUAAGGUUGUUGAAUGAGAAAGACACAAGUGCAUAUCAACGUGUUGAUUGGCUUGUUGAUAAGCUGGGUACCAAAGUGCAUUCCUACUACUGGCUUGAUGAGUAUUCAGGAAAGGAUGAUUUUGCUCGAUACCGAAAAGAUGAGUGGAAGAGUGGUUUAACUUCUUGGCAACGAGCAUUACAGAUUCCAGACUCAGAUGUUGUUGUGGAGUGUAGAUGUGCAAAAGUAAGUAGCCAGUUCAAUCGUGAAUAUGAGCAUGUUGUAUGCAACCCAGGUUCUGAGUUUGCAAUGUGUGAAUGUGAUUGGUCGAAGAUGGGCAACCUGUGCAAACACGUGAUCAAGGUGAGUCAAGUUUAUCGUGAUAGGGGUUUGGCCGCACCAUCUAUGAGUCUCUUCAAUUACAACCGCAUUUUGAUUAAUAUGCUCCACUGCCCGCCCCAUGAUUCUUUAAUUCGAGAUCAUGCGGUUUCCUUAGCUGUUUGUGCACAGAUUCAGUUAAAUGCAAUCUUCAAUCUGGAAAACAGCAAGAACUCCCCGUCUGUGUCAGCUCCCAUGGAGGAAGCAACAGUCAAUGGGGGAGUGCCCGCCAAUGACAUCCCGGAGAAGGGAGAUGAAGAGUUUAAUAAUGAUAGCCAAUGCACCGCCGCUAAUGCCUUUCCAAAUGGUGACGAGUCAGGAGUUCACAUAGUGGGUUCUGGUGAAAUUACAGACCAUCUGGGUGGCGGUGAUUACGGUAAUGUUACAAAGGAAAAUGUUACGGGUAACAUGAUGGACAUUGAUCUAGUCUCUGUCGAGGCAUCUCAGUCCAGGUUGUUCAAGCAACAAAUGGCAGAUGGGGCUGUACCUGCCAAUCAUGUAUUGGAGAACUGCGAUAAAGUUUUAAUGAAUGAGAGCCAUUAUACUGCUGAAAAUGCAUCUUCCAAUGGCGACGCCUCUGAAGUUCAAGAAGUGAUUUGUGGUGAAAUCAGAGAUGAUCUGGGUAGUGACGAGGCAGUUGGUGUUGCAGCAAGUGAUGGUGGUGUUUGUUGUAAUGUUAUGGCAGAUGAUAUGGUUACAAUGGAUGUCGAUCAGCCCUCUGUCGAAGCUUCCCAGUCCAGUUUGGUUGAGCAACGAACAGCCAAUGGGAGUGCACAUACCAAUGAUGCAUUAGAGAAUGACAAUAAAGUUCUAGUGAAUGAGAGCCACUGUACGGCUCAGAAUGCAUCUUCAGAUGCUAAUGGCUCCAAAGUUCAGGAAGCGAUCGGUGGUGAAAUUGGAGAUGAUUUGUGUAGUGAGAAGGCAGUUGGAGUUGCCCCAAGUGAUGGUGGAGUUUGUUAUAAUGUUAUAGAGGAAACUGGUACUGGCAGCAUGAUGGAUGUUGAUCCACUGCCCAUUAGAACCUCUUCAUCCUGUUCAGUUCCUGUCAAGCAACCCAUGGUCAAUGGCGGCUCAUCAGCCAAUGACAUCUCAGAGAAUGGUGCUCUUGAUCAUAGGGAUGAGCCUUCAAAUGAUGCUGAUUCCACCUCCAGAGAUAGGUGCCUAGAUCAUAUUGCAGAUGAAGUGCAUAUUGACCAGGCGAUUGAGGUUUUCGGUUGUGACAACGGUGUUUGUGGUGAUGAUGCAGUGGAGGCUGAAAGCAUCCGAACACCAGCUGUUGCAUCAGUUAGAAAUUCUAGUGACAGUGCCUCAUUUGAAGCUGUGCCUAGUGGCUAGUCCUGUAUAUGCUAUCUUUUGCGGCUGCAGUUCUGCAUCUGAUGGUGGUUCAAUCAUUGAUGUCUGAAAGGACCAAGGAUGGUAAUUAUAGAGUGGUGGGUGUUUUGACAAGCAGAAAUGAAGGUGAAGCUUGUGUUGACAGAUGAUAAUUAAAAUGGUGUAGAGAAAGGUGGUGAUGGACAAGCCACAACAAGCUUUUAACUGGGGUUGGAUUUCCUAUCAGUUGAUUGGCGUUGUUACUAGCAAAUGGCGGCAGGGUCCAUGACGCUGAAGGGAAUGAUUGGCAAGCCAAAAUCAGAAAUCCUCGUGGGGAUCCUACAGUGUUCAUAGAUCUAAAACAUCAUCGAGUUGACUCGGUAUCUGACUCAGUUUUAUUCAGAUUUCUACCAGAGUAGUUCUUUUAAACCUGGUUCCCUUGGAGGUAAGUUUCACCUCUUUGAUUGGGAGAAAACAGAUUUUCUUUUAGAGACAGCUGGGAUUUUGCAUUUGUUUAGCUCUGUAACGCAGUUUGUAGUUUUUUAAUCAUACGCAACUUCUCCAUUUUCACUGCA